UUGCCUGAGCGGUUGCGGUUUAAGAUUCUGUCCGAGUUACACAAUUCCCAUAUUGGUGUGGUAAAAACAAAAGCGGAAGCUCGGUCUAGGUUUUGGUUCCCGGGUAUUGAUACAGCCAUAGAAAAAAUGAUCGGUUCAUGCAAAAUAUGCACCCAGCUGCGUCAUUCCCCACCACGAACGCUUAUAUCACCAUGGAAAUAUCCUCCAUUACCAUUUUAUAGGAUCCAUAUGGACUUCUUAGGACCGUUUCAUGGUCAUAUGUACUUAGUAAUUGUGGAUGCUUAUACAAAAUGGGUGGAAGUAUACGAAGUACCGUCUACUUCGUCGUCUGUGAUCGAAAAACUCUACGAGUAUAUAUCGAGAUUCGGAUUACCUCAAACUGUCGUGACCAACAACGCAGCUACAUUUACUUCAUACGAGUUUAAAAAUUUCUGUAUGGUUAACGGUAUCACACAUGUAACGUCACCGCCGUAUCACCCCGCUAGUAACGGUCAGGCUGAAGUGUACGUUAAAAUAGUGAAAAAGGGGUUAAAGUCAUGUUUACUUUCAAUUAAUAACAAUAAUAAAAAAGAAUAUAAAUUAAAAUUACUUAAAUUCUUAUUCGAUUAUAGGAACUCCUUACAUAGCACAACUUCUUUGUCACCUGCUCAAUUAGUUUUCGGUCACAAGUUGAGAUCACGUUUGGACUUAAUGAGCCAUGUUAUACCGCCUUCAUCCACAUCCUUGGAAAAUAAAGCCCAAAACAAACAGUAUUUGCAGAUUAAGGCAAAUGGGGGAAAAAAUGCGAAGCCUUUUGAAACCGGGGCAAAGGUUUUUGUCGCUUUUGUUAGCAAAUUUAUGCAACGACGAGGAGUUUGUGGAGUCUAG